GGGAAGAACUGAGUACUAUCCAUAUCCCACCCCACCCAAUAAACCAUAACAAAAUAGAUCCGUUUUGUCAAUUUUUCGUGCAAAAAUCGUUUAAUCUUCUACAGAAAAACUAAUUUCGUUUUACAAUAAUUUAUGAUUAUGACGGAUUCAAUUAUUCAAAUGAUUCAAUCCGAUAACGUGAUAAGAAGAUGUGCUAUCUUGAAGUUAUGUUGACACUCAAGACUCAACAUAAACUGUAAUUAACAUUUAAUAAUAUACACAUCAAUUUAUAGAAAUAAAAAAUAGUAUACAUCAAUCAAAUACUCAGGUCAACUUCAGGAUUUAAAAGGCUGAUGAACCAUGUUACCUCCACACAAUGGUGAAAUAAUGCAUCUUAAUGUUGGUGGUACUAGGUUCUCAACAUCUCGACAGACAUUAACAUGGGUGCCAGAUUCUUUUUUUACUGCUUUAUUAAGUGGCCGUAUUUCUAGUCUACGGGAUGAUACAGGAGCUAUAUUCAUUGAUCGCGAUCCAAAAGUUUUUGCCAUAAUUUUGAACUAUCUUCGAACACAUGACAUAGAUUUGUCUGGCACUGAUAUUAGAACAUUACGCCAUGAAGCUGAAUUUUAUGGUAUUAUGCCUCUAGUCAAGCGUCUUAUUUUGUGUGAAGACCUAGAGCAAUCAUCAUGUGGAGACAUUCUGUUUUAUAGCAUGUUACCAGCUCCAAACCCUCCCAUGCAAGAAUCCGAGAUAAUUAGUAAUGCAAUUAAAGUAGAUGAUCAAACAAGACCUGGUUCAAUAGUCCGUGUCCCUGAACCAGCACCACCACCAAAUUCACCAUCUUCGAUACCUCAUACACAUGGAUAUCAAAGUCGUUGUCAUUCUCGUAAUUCAUCUUUGGAUAUUUCUCGAGUUACUGUAAAUGGUCGUGGAUCAGUUAUCAAUGGACGUGGCAACGGUAACAGUGGACACUCUCGAGCAGCUUCACUUGGUAACCAUGUACCCAAUCACCAUUCCAGAAACUCAUCAGCUGAUCUCAACAAAUAUAUUAGAAACGAUGCAUUAAACUUGGUUUUUGGUUAUAAUCAAGGUUCUAACUGGGCUGAUCCAUUGCGUGUCCAAAUCAUCAAAGCACACCAUAAUUGGAUUGUAGUUGCUUAUGCUCAUUUUAUUGUUUGCUACAGAUUAAAAGAUUCGAGUGGUUGGCAGCAAGUUUUUACAUCACCACAUAUAGACAACUGUAUAGAACGGAUAGCAAUUAAUGCUAAAAUGAAUAGCCAAAAUGGUAAUUCUGAUGGAUCCUCUGUUAUGGUUGCUAUAUCAUAUGGAAAUCAAGUUCGACUUUGGGGAGUAUCAGAACAAGGAUCUCGAACCAAUAUAGGUACAUUCAAUUUGAAUGUUCGUGUAGAACAUUUAUUUUUUAUCGGUAGUCAACUUGUUGCUUUAUCCCCUACUGGUAAAAUAGGGGUUUGGCAUGCAAUGACUCAACAUUGGCAAACCCAAGAUGUAGUACCAAUUGCAUCAUUUGAUACAGCUGGCUCAUUUCUACUCCUUGGUUGUAAUAAUGGCUCAAUAUAUUAUAUUGAUAUGCAAAAAUUUCCAUUACGAAUGAAAGACAAUGAUUUACUAGUAACUGAAUUGUAUAGAGAUGCAUCAAAUGAUCCAAUCACUGCUAUUUCUGUUUAUUUGACGCCUAAGACAAGUGUCAGUGGAAAUUGGAUUGAAAUAGCAUACGGCACAAGUUCUGGUACAGUGCGUGUAAUCGUUCAACAUCCAGAGACUGUAGGACACGGUCCUCAACUGUUUCAAACAUUCACCGUUCACCAAAGUUCUGUUACUAAAGUUACAUUAUCAGAAAAAUUCCUUGUUUCCGUUUGCAGUGAAUACAAUCAUGUGAGGACAUGGAGUGUAACUAGAUUUAGAGGCAUGAUUUCUACACAACCAGGUUCUACACCAGUUGCUUCAUUUAAGAUACUGUCACUUGAAGAAGUUGAACCCUGCAUUAGCUACUGUGCUGGAAACGAUUGUGGACCAUAUGGUGAGCAAGAUGAUGAACAAGUAUUUGUUCAAAAGGUUAUGCCAGAAACUUCUGAAUUAUUUGUUCGUCUUGCAUCCAAUGGUAAAAGAGUUUGCAUAAUUCGAGCUGUGGAUUGCACAAUAAUUACUUGCUUUUGCGUGCAUGAAUGUGAAGGCUCUAGUCGUAUGGGAUCAAGGCCCCGUAGGUUUAUAUUAACUGGACACUGUAACGGAGCUAUUCAAAUGUGGGAUUUGACUACAGCUUUAGAUUUAGCCAACAAAUGUCUGCAACCUAUCCCGAAUGGUGGUCCAACAGCUGAAGAACUAUUACGGUUGCUUGACCAGUGUGAUCUAAGUAAUAGCCACUGUUCAACGCCUAGUAUAUCUCCAUACCCAGGAAUGUUGAUCUCAAAAGGGAACACAGCUAGAUUAAAAGCGUCCAAUGUAGCUUUUCUCAAUCAGUCCCAACAAACAGACGCAUCCACUUCAACAUCAUCUUUGUAAAAUUAUCUUAGGUAUACAUAUUGAAGUACAUUAUAAGUUAUAAAAAUUAAAAUUAAAUAUUUAGGUGGAUAUUAAAUUGAUAACUCUACUCAUACAAAGCCAAAUGCAGAUAAAUAUUUUUUAUUAAAUAUUAUUUAAGAGGACUAUGAAAUUCAUAAUAUAUGUUUAAUAAUUGUCCAUGUAUUAAUUUAACCUAUUAAUUUACCUAUUUUUUUUAAAUACUUCAUAUGGAUUAUAUUAUAUAGGUUGAAACUUAAUUGAAUGUUGAUUGAAUUUUCUGUUUGAAACGAUUAUUUACUUGCAAUUUAUGAUCAUUAUCCUACAAAUGUUAUGUAACAAAAUAUUUGAACAAUAGAUGCAACAUUAAAUACUUAUUUACUUUUAAUAAAUAUGGGACCAAUUAUCUUUUCAGUAGGUAAUAAAUGACAAAUUAUACAAUUUAUAAAAUUCAAAUUCUAAAUUUACUGUAUAUGUUUUAAUUAAUGAAAACUUAUAGUUUCCUUUAUGUGGAUUUACAUAAAUGUAUGUAAUAUAAUUGUUUUGAUCAAUUUAUACUUAUCAAUUAUCAUAUAGUUUAGUUACAUUAUUAUACAAUUGUAUUCACAUUAUGUUUAUUGUGGCCUAUUGUUGUUACUUUGUAGCAUUUAUAAACUCAAAAUAAUAUUAUAAUGUUCACUUAAUAAUAUUAAAAUAUUUUAUCAAGUUUGUCAGAAGUAUAAUAUAACCCCCCCCUCCCCCCAAUUUUCAAACACUAUUUGUGGCUAUAAAUUAAAUUACUCAAGCGGUAUGAGCAAAAAUAUUCCAGUAGUUAAUGUUUAUCAAAAAAUCAUUAACAAAUUAUAGAAUAAUUAUCAUACACUUUAACAUAAAAAAAUUAUACAUCUAUAUUUAUUAUGUCUUGGGUCGUAAUGUAAGUAAUGAAAGAAGUGUAUUUGGAUAAAAUGGCAGCUAUUAAAAGCUAUUUUUAAUCAUUAUUUUUUUCAAAGUUAUUAUUAUUAACUAUUAUCUAUGUGAUAUUAACAGAUUAUGUGAUACUGUCAAUUACAUAUGAAUAUAUGUAAUAUAUUAUAUAAAUUUCAUCAAACCACCGAUUAGGUAUU